GGCCGAGAGAGCAGAUACAUCAGGAUAAACGGAAAACAAGGCUGGAGAGAGGUGGACAGCAAGCCUUGGAGAAUCAAGAUGGCGAUGGUUCUUCCUGCUUUAGCCCGAUUCUUUCACUCCGACUUGACUGCCGUGAGCCAUGAACCUGCCUUCCAAGGCCUGGCCCCCUGGUAUCUCCUCCUGACCAUGCGCCUGGUGGCCCAUUUCAUUGCCAUGGGACCCUGGUCCUCUGUUGGCCCGGACUUGACCUGCAACUGGACCUCGGUGGAGGCGGAUGCCCGACCCUUUUGCAGUGCACUGUGCUUCAACCAACACUUCUCAGCCCCUAUUACCUCAGCGUGGGGUUUUUCUUUUUUGAUGGCCUUGAUCCCAAUGGGGCUCAUGAGGCUUAUAGUGACCAGACCUAAGCACCAGAGAAAGGAAGCAGAUGUGAAGUUGGCAAAUCCCACCUGUGUAAGCCACAACUUGCCUGCUAACUUCAACACAGCUGAACACCCCAGCCCUGCACUAGAAGCAUCUUUUCCAAGUAUCACUGCCACCAGAGCUGAUGGAGCUCCAGUAGAGACGCCCAAGAUGCCUUCCCACAGCCCCUGGCGCUCGGUCACCUACAGCUUGUGUGUGGUUCUUCUCUUGAUGAUGGAGCUGGCCUUCCUCUGGGUGCUCAUUGCCUGGCAGGUUCCAGCGGUGUCUAAAACCACCUUCUUAUGUCUUCCAGGGGCACAGAUCUGCCCCAAAGCUCUGGAAUGUGCCGUGGCUGGCCAAAUUGACAAGCAGACGGCAUUGUGGAUGUUGGCUGUCACAGCCCUCAUCAAUAUGGCUGCUUGCCUGCUCUACCUUUUCCUAAAGCUGCAGAAUUUUUUUGUGGGCCACCGAAGAUAA